AACAGCCAUUAUUUUUAACUCGUUCAAUCUGAAUUUAGGAUUGGGUUUAAUUUUUUUUAUGAGACUGGCAACUCUACGACGUCCUAAUUUUCCAUCCAAGGCCUUUCAUGUUGUUUUGUCAGUUAAACUUAAAAAAGAAAACGGUAGAAAUCGAGCUAGGCCCAACCAGGAGAAGACCUAAAAUUUCCAGGCUGGUGGUGGUACAGUGUUCAUCAUACUGACUAGCCUAGACUAGGCCUAGUAAGGCCUAGCUAGAGUAGUAGAAGGAGGUAGUUGUUGGUACGGGGAGUUGUAACAACUCUUUGGUUGGUAGAAGACAGGACCCGAGACAAGGAAGAGAGUUGCACUAGGCCUAGUUAGGCUACAUAACGACACCCUAUGGUCAGGUGGUAUAAAUGCACUUCAGUAUGAAGCGAGUGAUAGUACAAAAGAAUGGAACAACUGGAAAUGGAAAGUUAAUAUUUCUUGCGGAGAGUUUGGAGAUGUUUCUGCAUGAGGCAAACAGGGUUCUUAACAUGUCCAGUACAAUUGUCUACACAGAAAAAGGAGGGGUCGUUGAAGAUAUUAGAGUAAUUAGAGAUGAUGAAGUACUGUAUUUGUCAGAAGGAGAACCAUUUGUCGAUCCUAAGUAUGCUGUUGCAACAAGGCCUUUAGUAAAUAAGUGCAAUGCUGAUGACUCAAACAUGUCUCACGACCAGAAUGACUGGGUCUCUCUCAAUGUUGGUGGCAAGAGGUUCACAACAACAAGUCAUUGGGCAACUUGCCCAAGACAAAUAUACUAUCCUGAAAAAGAGGUCUCAAGAGGCUGUGAUUAUAUUAAUACUACAUUAAAAAGGAGUACACUCAUUGGAAGGGAGCCCUCAAGCAUGUUGGCCAGGAUGUUCUCCGGAAAUAAAUAUCCUUGGUGUAGUGCAGUAGACUCUGAAGCAGCAUUUCUUAUUGACAGAUCCCCAAAAUACUUUGAACCUAUUCUCAAUUACCUGAGGCAUGGUCAACUUAUUCUUGAUGCUGAUAUAUCUCCAAGAGGAGUACUUGAAGAAGCUAAAUUCUAUGGUUUACAAUCACUCAUACACAAAUUGGAAGUUAUAAUCAAAGACAGGGAACCAAAACCUCCACCAGGGGACCACACUCCUAUCACACGCAGGGAGUUUGUCAAGAUGUUAAUGAUGUGUCCCUCAAGAUCGGAAUUACGUUGCCAAGGUGUAAAUUUCUGUGGUGCUGACCUGACAAGACUUGACCUUCGGUUUGUCAACUUUAAGUUAGCUAACUUAAGUGGGGCAAAUCUCUCUGGGGCUGAUAUGUCAUUUUGCUCUUUGGAACGUGCAAAUUUAGCAGGAGCCAUUAUGGAUGGUGCAAAUCUGCAAGGUGUGAAGAUGGUGCUAGCAAACUUAGAGGGCGCUUCUCUGAGAGGCUGUAACUUUGAGGAUCCAUGUGGAGCCAAGACAAAUAUGGAAGGAGUGAACAUGAAAGGUGUUGAUCUAGAGAGCAGCCAAAUGACGGGUGUGAAUCUACGUGUCGCAACUUUAAAAAAUGCAAACCUUCACAACUGUAAUCUGCGCGGUGCGGUGCUAGCUGGCACGGACCUUGAGAAUUGUAUCUUGUCCGGGUGUGAUUUACAAGAUGCAAACCUACGCGGUGCAAAUGUGAAAAAUGCUUCAUUUGAGGAGAUGGUUAACCCUCUGCAUAUGUCACAGUCUGUACGGUAGUCAUUACACCGGCAUCAGAUGAAACACGCUAAUGACACCUGGAAACACCUGGACAAUUUUGUUGCAGUAUCCUGUCCUCUCUCAGUUAAUUGCAAGAAGAUGGAUUCAGUAUGUUAUCAAUUUUAACAAGCAUAUAAUGAUGAAUGCGAGCUCAUAAUGUUAUAACGUAGACAAAUAAUAAAUUUUAUAUUUUAAGUCGCAUCCAACGCAUCCCUGCGCGUGCGCGUGCCACCUAAAAUAACACUGGUUCGUGUAACACACACACAACACGAUAACAUGCACAAAGAAUUUACAAAUAAUGAAGCUGUAAUAGUGUAUGGUGUAAUGAUAAACUGUUGUUCAGGUAUUUACUUAUGUAUUCAACACAUGUUGUGGUCCUGUAUCCAGGGAUUUUUGUAGUUUGGCAGAACCUCUAUCUUCGAGCAAACCCCCCGGUAGAGCAGCUGUGCCCUGACCCAGCCGUCGGAAGCACUUGUCUCAGCCAUCGAGGUAACAUACAGUAUGUCAAGGAAAAAAUAAUUAUGAUUAUUUUCUAAGCCAGAGACAGUUGUUUUCAGACAUUUAGAGAAGACAUUAAUUUUUCUUUUACCUCAGCCCCCAACCAUGAUGGGGCAGAAGUAGGUUUGGCUCAUUUGGGGGGAAACAGUGGACCACCUGUUGGGGAAAUGUGACACCACUGUUGCUUAGAGACUUUGUUUGCAUGUUCUAUGGUGUAUUGACAUUUUAGAUACCGUAUGGUAUAUGUUCAUAUUAUGUUAAUAUUGUAGAUGUACCUGCAUAUGCUGCGUGAGCAUAUUGACAUUGCAUUGGUAUUCCACAUUUAUGGAACUUCGAUUACGAUCGGCAGUUUUUGUUCUAAUUUAGCAUGCUUUUAAGAGGUAAUAUCUUUAAGCUUAUGAUUUAAAGAAAUUAAGAGGCUUUAAAAAAAAAAUGCUGAAGUAACCCAAGAAAGCAUGUACGUAUUUGAGAUAAUUGAACUAUUGCCACAGGUAAAGUUAGUCGGCACUUUGAAAAUGAUCUGUUUGUUUAGUAGCAAUUGCAGACUGGCAAUCAGUCAGACGUAGUAACGGUAGAAGUAGCAUAGAAGUUGCAGCAGCAAAGCGUCUUAGCAUUUAUUUACGUCGGAGAUAUGCAUAUACAACAAAUUAAAAAAGAAGCAGGAAAAAGUAAGAAAAUAAUUAAUGCUGACCCUGAUUGAUAAGUAACCAGAAACUUGGAAAUAUGAAUGAAGAAAAGUUAUCGCAUAAUAGCCUUAGUAGUAAAAUUUAGUACAGAAUAUGCACACUUGACCCAGAUAUAAUAGAAUCGUUUUCAUCAUUAAUUUUGUGCUUAAUAUAUUUGUUUUAGUUCCAAUAACUUAUUGUUGUAUUCACACAAGUGAAUGCCUCCAGGUGAUGUAUUUCUUUGUAAAACGUCUUUCACUGUACUGUACGUGUAGUUUUUGAGUGAAUAAACUGUGAUGGAAGACGAUGUGAUAUUGUCAGUGUCAGGUUGGACCAAGUA